AUGUUUGUUUGGACACACAUAAAUAAAUAUACAAGCAGAUAUAUUAAUAGAUAUAUUUUAAAAUUUACAAGAUAUGAAUCCUUACGUUUAUGUAUGUUAAAUUUUACUAGUACUAUAAAAAAUGAAAAUAAGAUAUAUUCAAAAAAAAAUUUUAAUAAUGUUUUAAUGCAAAAUAUAAAAAUUACGGAAGAUGAGGAAAUUAUAUGUGAACAGUUUUUUUUCUCGAAAUAUAAUUUACCAUAUGUUUUAAAGAUCCCGUUCAGUGAUUUGAGAUUAAUUGACACGUGCAACAAUAAUCACAAUCCAACCAUAUUAAUCCGAAAAGAUAUGAUUUUGUUAAGAACAGGUUUUUUGAGUUGUGUAAUUCGAUAUAACGAAUUAUGGCUUUUUGAACCUAGGGAACCCCUAGUUAUAAAAGCUACCAAUUUGAUUAAACAAAACUUAAAAAUAAUAUAUGGAUUUAAAGGAGAUAUGAGUUCAGGAGUUGAAAUUCCAUUGAAUGAAUUGAAGGAUGAAAAAUGCCAAGAGAAUGUAAAUAUGUAUGAAAAAAAUAUAAGAAAUGAUUUAUAUAGUACUUAUGAGAAGAACAUUAGUGAUGAUAUAAAUGAUGCAAAACAAAAGAACAUGUGUAGUGAUAUAAAUAAUAUAUGGAGUAAUCAUAUAAAGAUUGAUAAAAAAAGAAUAAUAUCAGGAAAUUAUAGUAGACUUAAUAGAAAUAAUAUAUGGGAAAAUGACAGAGAAAUAAAUAAAAAGGAUAUAUUUAAUAUAAAGGAAAAAAAGAAUAUGAAUGAAAAUGAUGAUAUAUGUAAUAAAAUAAAAAUCGUAGGAAAGGAAGAAUUAAAUAAUAAUAUAAAAGAAGAUAUAAAUUACUUAAAUGUUGAAAAUAAUUUUUAUAGAUAUAAAGGGAAUAUAUCAUUUGAAUUUUUAUGUUUAGAUAUAUGUAUGCAAUUAUCUAUUAAGGAAUAUGAAAAUUAUUUGGAUACAAUAAAUAUAACGUUAAGACAGAAAAUACAACUUCAACAAAAAAAAGAAGAAAAUAUUGAAAUAAAUAUGUUAACAAAUAAUUUAUUAAGAGAAAUGAUGAAAAUCAAAAAUAAGUUACAGAAAUUAUCUAAUUUAUUAAAUGCAUUACGUAGUAAUAUUGAAAAAAUAUUAAAAAAUGAAACUGAUAUGAAAAAUAUGUAUUUAACUACAUUAAAUAAAAUUUCGAUAAAUAAAAUAAAAGAUUAUAGUGACUUAGAAAUAUUAUUAGAAACACAUUUACAAUUAACAGAUGAAUUAUCAGGAGAAUUAGAAAAUAUGGAAGAAAAAAUUACACAUUAUGAAGAAUUAAUGAGAUUAAAUUUAGAUUAUAAUAGAAACAAAUUUAUUUUAUUAAAUGCUAAAAUUUCAUUUUCAACAUUAUUUUGUUCUAUAUGUGCUGUAAUUACUAGCUUAUUUGGUAUGAACUUAAAAAAUUUUAUUGAACAUAAUGAUUACGCAUUUUUUAUUGUAUCCAUUUUUAUUACCUCCUGGUCUAUUGUUGGAAUAUACUUUACCAAAAAUAUAAAUACCCUCUUAAGGUUUUUCGACAAAUAUAAUGUGAAAUAA